UUGAUUCCGCCAAUGACCGCCGCCUUCCUUUCCUGGGUGGGGGUCAUAUGAUGAACCUUCAGCCAAUCAUCACACGUGCAGUGGGUGGGACUAUGACCAGUGAGGGCGGGGCCGCGCGGAGGGUCGCCGGUACACUGUGCCGGUCAUGCUGCUGCACUUUUUCCAGGCCGGGCUCCGCCGCUGCCCGGGCCCCGUCAGGCUCUUCCAUCUCUCCAGCAUCGCCCGCUCUCCCCCUGCACCGCCGCGCCUGCAGCUGUACGCUGCCCGCCUCCGAGAUGCUGCCCGCUACUCCACCCGCUGCACUGGCAGAACUGCCACCAAGGGCCGGACGCUGGCUCUCCUGCUGGGCCCGGCCUUUCUGGGUUUGGGUGGGAAGGUCGCCCUGUGCCAGCUGGAGGGGCAGUGCCAGCCGCCCGCCGUGUCCAGGAGUCCGGAACCAGAGUUCAGCUGGAGAGAGUUCUGGAAGCUUCUGCGCCCGCAGCUCCUGGCACUGCUGUCAGCCGUCAUUUUGGCUUUCGGCGCAGCGUUGCUGAAUAUACAGAUCCCUCUCAUUCUUGGGGAGCUGGUGAAUGUGGUGUCUCACUACACAAGGGAACAUGCCGGGGACUACCUGCAGGAAAUCCGGGGCCCGGCCAUGAAGCUGCUCUCGUUGUAUGCCGCCCAGGGCUUGCUGACAUGCGGUUAUAUCAUCCUGCUGUCUCGGGUCGGGGAGCGAGUUGCCGGGAGUAUGAGGAAAGCUCUGUUCACAUCCCUUCUGCACCAGGAUGUCGCUUUCUUUGACGCUCAGAAGACGGGGCUCUUGGUGAAUCGUCUCACCUCCGACGUCCAGGAGUUCAAAUCCGCCUUCAAGCAGGUCAUAUCCCAGGGCCUCAGGAACAUCACCCAGACGUUCGGCUGCUUCGUGUCGCUCUAUUACAUCUCCCCGAAGCUGACCGGCCUCCUGGUGGUGGUGAUGCCCGUCCUGGUGGGAGCCGGUGCUGUCAUUGGCUCUUUCCUGCGCGGAUUGUCGCGUCGGGCGCAGGAACAGAUCGCCAAAGCGACGGGUGUGGCCGACGAGGCGAUAGGAAAUGUGCGCACGGUGAGAGCUUUCGCCAUGGAGGACCGCGAGGUGGAGCUGUACUCCGCCGAGGUGGACAAGUCCGCUCACGUGAACGAAGUCCUGGGGAUCGGAAUCGCCGUGUUCCAGGGUCUCUCCAACAUCGCUCUGAACUGUAUUGUCCUGGGAACCAUAUUUGCUGGCGGAUCUCUGGUGGCAGGAAAUGAACUCUCGGCCGGGGAACUCAUGUCCUUCUUGGUGGCUUCUCAGACCGUACAGAGGUCUAUGGCAAGCACUUCGGUGCUGUUUGGACAGGUGGUCCGGGGUCUCAGCGCGGGGGGGCGCGUCUUUGAGUUUAUGCGUUUACAGCCCGAGAUCCCACUGAGAGGAGGGAAGAAACUUCCGCAGCUGACAGGAGAAAUACGCUUCAGAGACGUCUCUUUCAGUUACCCCACUCGACCGGGUCAAGAAGUCUUGAAGGGUUUUGACUUGCGUAUACCCCCUGGGAAGACAGUGGCCAUCGUGGGACAGUCUGGGGGAGGAAAGUCUACGGUUGCAGCGCUGGUGGAGCGGUUCUACGACCCCGUCCAGGGUACAGUGGAGUUAGAUGGAGUUGACAUCCGUUCACUGGACCCAUCGUGGUUAAGAGGGGAGGUCAUCGGAUUCAUCAACCAGGAACCUGUUCUAUUUGGAACAAACAUCAUGGAAAAUAUUCGCUUUGGACGACCAGACGCCAGUGACGCUGAGGUCCGUGAUGCUGCAAAACUGGCAAAUGCUGAUGACUUUAUCCAGAACUUUCCAGAUGGAUAUAAUACACUGCUAGGUGAGCGUGGAGUCACCCUUUCUGGAGGUCAGAAGCAGCGAGUGGCCAUUGCUCGAGCUCUUCUCAAAGACCCCCGGAUUUUAAUCCUGGAUGAAGCUACAAGCGCACUAGAUGCAGAGUCUGAGCGGAUGGUGCAGUUAGCUCUGGACCGUGCAUCCUCCGGCCGCACUGUGUUGGUCAUUGCCCAUCGGCUCAGCACCAUUGCAGAUGCCGAUAUCAUCGUGGUCUUGUCAAAAGGCCGCAUCGCUGAGAGUGGAACCCAUCGGGAGCUGCUGAGGAAGGGCGGCCUGUAUGCAGAGCUCAUACAGAGACAAAGCCAAGAGUCCUAGAAACAGAUAAAAUAUCUCAUCCAUCCCAUAAUACAGCUGGAAGACGAUGAAACAAGCUACAUGCAAGGAAAAUGGUCCAAAAAACAUCACUGUGCGAAAGACAAGACCCCGGGCUGCUGCAGAACCUCAUUUCUGUAUGCAGGAGAAGAGAUCUCGACUGCUAUCAUGGUCUGUUACUGCAUACAGGAGAUGAGGUCCUGCACAAUAUUAGUGGCUAUUACUACAUACAGGAGAGGAGAUCCUGCCUGAUAUUAGUGUCUAUUACUACAUACAGGAGAGGAGAUCCUGCCCGAUAUUUUUGGCUAUUACUACAUACAGGAGAGGAGAUCUUGACUGUUAUUAGUAAUCCAUCACUAUAUACAGAAGAGACGAUUCUUGCUGAUAUUAGUACCUAUAACCACACACAAGAGAGGAGAUCCUUUGCUGUUAUUAGUGUCUAUGACUACAUAUAGAAGAGGAGAACCUGACAGAUAUUACUAUCUAUAACUCUAUACAGGAGAGGAGAUCCUCACUAAUAUUAGUAAUCUAUUACUACAUACAGGAGAGAAGAUCCUCACUAAUAUUAGUCUUCAUGACCCACCAGUGCAAACAAAAAAUGUGAGGACAUGUCUAGUCAGAAUACCGUAUAGCCCAUGUCGCCUACAUCCCUCCGUUCUGGUCUCAGACUUCCUCAUGCAGAGCGCGGUAGAAACCAGUGACAGUGAUGUAAAUGCUGCGUCCAUCCAUGGGGCAGGGGGAUCAUUGUCUUAGACUUUCUGCAGUGCUCUGCAUGAAGAAGUGGAGACCACCUUGAAAAGAAUCCAGUGGGGGCCAGGACAGAGGCAGAAUGGGAGGAUCGGAGAGCACUAGGUCUGGUGACUAUACGUGUGUAAUGUAUGGUGAAAUAUUAGGUUUGGACUGGAGGGUAGGUUAAAGGGGUUAUCUAACAUCUAUUGAAAAUGAUUGGCGGGCCGAUCCGUUCCAGUGGCGUGACUCCGAACGGCGCCAUUUCCAGUCUGAUAAACAGAAGGUCUGACGAUCCAUAUCCUCUCACAUGAUCGCUGCCGGCCAAUCAGUGGCCUCCACAGUGACAUCUGCACGAACGGCAGGUGACUGCUGAAGCUCAGAAGAGAACCUUGCAUAUUGUCUUGUAGUAUCACACACUGGAAACGCACGUGACCACCCCUGUGGAAGGACAUACAGUGUAUAUAGAGUUUAUAAUAGACCACAAUACUAUUCUGUCCUCUGUACUGUACUAUUCUGGUGACGAGGAGCAUCAGGCUGUAAUAUAAGAAGGUCUGCACAUUAAUCACUGACCGACUAACGAAAUAAAAGAUUUCCUGAAGUCUCCA